AUGGCCCCGACAAGCAUUCCGGCCCCGUUUGCAGACCCAAUCUGGUAUGCUCGAGAGAGUUCUCCAUACUAUAAUUCGUCGCAUCACCGUCUCCGGGCAGAGAUCCGCGCAUAUGUUGACGAGUUCCUUGCUCCAUAUGCCGACGAAUGGGAGAAGCAGGGCUACGUACCCCCCGAGGUCCUCCAAAGACACGCGGCAAAGGGCUAUGCCGCUGUUUCGAUCUUCCCCCUUUCUAAGGAACACGUUCCCGCCGGUUUACGUUUACCAGGUGGCAUCCCACCACACGAAUGGGACCAUUUUCAUGAUUUGAUCCUGAUCGAUGAGAUUGCGAGGAUUGGAUACCUUGGCGUGAUAUGGGGCCUCUCUUGCGGGAAUAGCAUCGGCUGCCCACCCAUGAUCAAUUACGGCACCCCAGCGCAGAAAGCUCGUUUCCUCCCUGACGUAUAUACGGGCAAGACCCGGUUCUGUCUCGGCAUCACCGAACCUGAGGCGGGUAGCGAUGUAGCUGGGAUCACCACAACUGCGGUUCGGAAAGGAGAUGUUUAUGUCGUAAACGGGGCGAAGAAAUGGAUCACCAACGGGAUAUAUGCGGACUGGUGCACGGCAGCUGUCAGAACAGGCGGUCCUGGGAGAGGUGGGAUCUCCGCUCUGGUUAUUCCCAUGAAAAGCAAAGGUGUCACAUGUAGGAAGAUGGAGAAUUCUGGCGUAAACGCCAGUGGAUCUACCUAUAUAGAGUUCGACGACGUGGAAGUCCCAGUUGAGAACCUACUGGGGAAAGAGAACCACGGCUUCGACAUUGUCAUGUCCAAUUUCAACCACGAAAGGAUCUGGCUCGCAUGUACCAGUCUGCGCAUGGCACGUGUCUGCGCGGAGGAUGCGUACAACUACGCCACGCAGCGUGAAGUCUUCGGCAAGAAGCUGAUCUCCAGCCAAGUGAUCCGCUCCAAAUUCUCCUCCUUCGGCCGCCAGAUUGACCCCGCGUAUGCAUACAUGGAGCAGCUUAUCUAUUGGACCGCUCAUGCGUCCCAGGACGGGAGCAGCCCGGCGGUGCAGAAGAUUCGACACCAGCAGAUGGGAGGCCUGAUCGCGAACCUGAAAGUCAUGGCAGGGCGGGUCUUGGAGAAUGUUGUGCGCGAAUCACAGCAGGUUAUGGGCGGCGCGGGGUAUAAUAAGAGUGGGAGAGGAGCCAGGAUCGAGCAGAUAAGUCGGGAUGUCAGGGUCAUGGUCGUUGGUGGAGGUAGUGAAGAGAUCUUGACCGAUCUAGCCUUAAACCAGGAAGUCAGGGCGUUGACCAUGUCGGCCAAAUUGUGA